GAGUGAUCGUGGGCGUGGCUCCUAGUGAUUCAAUUUCUUAUCCUAUUAAUAUUAAACUACGAAAGUUUGUGUAGAUGUAUGUUUGUUAAUCUUUCACGCAGAUCACGCAAAAAGUACUGUACGAAUACAUUAUUAUCGUUUAAACAUCAGACGAUCAGAUUAACAUAUGAGUACCUACUUAGGCUAUUAUUUAUAUAUGUUCUGUUACAAAUUUAAUUUCACGCGGGCGAAGCAGUGUGUAAAAGCUAGUUACUUUAACAGUUGUCGUGUUUAAUAUAAAUUCAGUAUCACAUUGCUUAUUAUGUUAUGUCAUUUCCCGCCAAGGUUAGCAGGUAUUUAGUGAGUAAGUAUGAAUUUGACCGUCUCCGUCUUAUCAAUCUCAAUGACUCUAUAUUUUUUUAUGUAUUUAAACGUUCCUGUGUAUGCAGUGUGACAGCUAGAAGAACCUAGCAUAGAGUAGGUACUUACUUUGACAACAGUCAUUAGAUUUUUAUGUCAUGUCAUGAAGCAUUUACUAUCUUUAAGUUUUAUUAGUUGUACACUAUUCUAGUGAUAAAAACCCUUUGAAUUAUUAUAUUUUUUAAGUAAUCAUUUGUUGGAAUAUUGAAAGAUGUAUCUUACUUCUUAUGCGGAUAGUGUGACCCUAUCGGAUAUUUGGGUGUCGUCGAAUGGCAAGUUGAGUGACUUUUACGCGUCGUCAUGGCAGCGGGGGGAUUCGGCGCUGCCGCUGCUGGUGCUGCGGCUGCUGCUGGCGGCGGCGGCUGUGGGCAUCCUGGCGUGGUCCGUGGCCGAGGGUGCCAGCCCCUACUGGCUCAUCUACCUCACCAACUGGGGACUGCUCAUGGUCACCAUGAUGACGCUCAGCGGACUUCUGGUGUCGGGCAUCAUAUUUGUAAAGAAACCUUCUGAAACAUCGGAUUCGGAUAUACCUUGGUACAUAAGCAUGUACUGGCUGCUGUACAACUCCGCAGUCAGCCUCGCCAUCAUGAUCACAGCGCUCUACUGGAUCCUGCUCUACGACUCAGAGUUAUCUGCUGAAAGCCGGCGAAUGUUCUGGCUGGACCUGUCGACGCACGGAUUCAACUCGUGCAUCGCGUUCCUGGAGGUGGCUCUCUCGCGCACGCCCGUGCGCUUCCUGCACUUCUACCAGCCGCUCGGGAUUGGCCUCUGGUACGCGGCCUUCACGGCCAUCUACUACGCUGCGGGAGGGACUGACGCAAUGGGUAAUCACUACAUCUAUGAGAUACUAGACUGGAAAUACGGAAAGCGUGCCGGGGGCAUAGUCGGCAUAUCGAUAGCGGGUCUGCUCGCGAUCUACGCUCUGCUUUGGGCGCUGGCCCUCUGCCGGGACAAGGCGUCGACGUCGCUCGUGAGGACCACCAGCCAAGCCCUGCAAGCCACGCCCCCUGACGACAUCUUACACACGAGAAUAGUUUGAUAAUUAGUUUAGGUGGUUGUUAUUUUGUUUGCUACUACGGGAGGGCCAGUAAUGAGCACUACAGUUCAAUGUUCUUUUUAAAUAUCUGCAAGGUCUCCGUUACCCUACGAUUCUUUUAGUCCUUAAUUUUGCCUGUUUUAAUAAGCAAACUUGAGUUAGUUGAAAUUGCAUGCUAAAACGUUUGCCUAUUUCAAGGCAAACGUUUUAGUUCUGUAAUAAAUGUACUUACAUGGCUCUUGAAACUAUCAUCCAUAAGGAGCUUACAGACAGGAACGAUGUGAUAAUCUGUACUUAAUACAGUGACCAAGGUACAGUGCAGUAUUAA